AUGAACUCGUACAUUGAGGUGGAGCCCGCGCCCGCCGAGCCCUCGCGGACUCCAGAUCCGGGUUUUGCCGGCCGCCCCUUUCCCGGCCUGGAGCCCCCCUCCCCGGUCCUGGGAGCUCUCUCGCCCGUCACCCCGCCGGUGGCUCACUCCGGCCUCGGCUGCGUUGGCCGCUGCGUGCACGCUGCCUGUCUGCGGGCGCGAUCAUCCCCCCCCACCUCCGCCCGCUCGGCCCGCAGCGCUCGCUCCAGAUCCCAGGAGCGGGGAUGCAGAUGGCACAGCCGGGCCAGGAGGGCGACGCCGCCACCGCUGCCGCCGCCGCCGCCGCUGGCAUCUCGCGGACUACGACCGAAGCCGGCGACCGAGGAGCUUGCCGGGGGACGGCGUCGCCUCGCGGAGCCCGGGCCGGGCGAUGAAGCUCCCGCAUGCCCGAAGCUACCCGGCACUGCCGGCGAGCUGAUCGGCGACCACCGGAGCUCGGGGCUCGCCCCCCGCGGCAGGCACGCAGCCCUCGGCGGCCCGGCGCCCGCUCUGCCCGCGCGUCCACGCCGUGCACCCGGCAAGGAGUUUGCGCGGCUCGCGCCUGGGCUCUCGGAGCGGGUUGCGGGCGGCAGAGCGGACCCUCGACUGCCGGAGCACCUCGGGGGCAGCAGGAGGAGGACGGCGAGGAGGACUGGGCGGAGAAGCCACUACUGGCCCUCGCCGCUGCCCCUACCUAUCCCCUCCCUCCCGCUCGGAGGCGGAAAGGGGAGGACGAGGAAGAAGAAGAAAAAGAAAGAGAAGGGGGGUGGGGUGGGAGAACUGGAUAUAAAGAUCGGCUGCGGGGGGGGAUGGUGGAAGAUUUUUGGUCUCCUCAGCAGCGGCUUUUCUUGCGGCGGCGGCGGCGGCGGCGGCUGCAGGAGGAGGGAAAGCAGCUCUGGCUAUGACUGCCGCAUGUUAAUAGCUCCCGCUUGGGUCCACCGGCUGCAGCGAGAGACACAGCCUGACUCCGAAGUUGUGCAACUGUGCCCUGAGAGAGACAUUUGAACCCUCCUUCUCUUUGCUCCGCUUUUGCCCCCUGGGGCGUGUGAAGCGUGGAAACGUAAAGGAAGACCAGCAUUGGCUUUCCCGUCUUCCCCUUUCUCCAUGGCUGUGUAGAAGAAGAAAGGAAAAGAGACACUUUUUGUUGUUUCUUUGACUGGGGUCUCCACCCUCCUGUCGUCUCUGCGUUUUGAUUAUCACUCGUUGCUUGGUGUGACUGGGGUAUCUACAGUGGGACAGGUCCAUCUUUUUUUUUCUGUUUUGUUUUUCUUUCUUCUUUUUUUUUUAUUUCUUCUUCUUCCUCUUCUUCUUCUUCUUCUUUUUUUUUUUUUUUUUUUUUUUUUUUUUUGCCCCGGGGCUCAAUGGAUGGAUUGUGGAAAACUGCACCGGGUUGCAGGUUGUUAAGCAACUGAUGGGACCAUCUCAGGGACCGGCGGUUACGAAAGAUGCUGAUUUGAAGAACUGCCCUGAAAACUGAAAUAAUUAAUUCAGAAAAUCAGAAGACAAAACUAUGGAUUUUUAGCAAUCACAGAACUAACUAAGGUAAUUAAUAGAUAAUUAUGUAUGCUAAAAAUUUAAAAAUGUAUUUACAAUAUGUGAAUCCAACUUAGUAUAGGUUUUAUGAGACCUAAUCACAUUGAAAAUGCAGCAUGUUUAAUUUUUUUUGUUUAAUUUUUUAAUAUAUUUUGAAAUGGUAUUUUCACUUCUAUAUUUUUGGAAAAUAAGUUCUCAUAUUUUCUCAACAAUAAAUAACGUAGGUGAUCAUAUUUGCUCUUGUGAAAAAAUAUAUACUAAUUACAUAAAAAGAGCUUGGGUAAAGGAGGAGCUUAGCCACUGCUGCUCUGCAAAGGCAUGAAUGGCUAUGAUACUCUCAACUCUAUGAAAUCCAUAGGCCAAGAUUUUCGUUUCCAUUGGUACAUAGACACCAAGGCAAUGCACUGAUACCAUUCUUGUAUAAUUCAAUUCAUUUUCUCUCAAUUUUAUAUCCAAAACUGAUAUAAAUAUACUCAUUUUAUACCAUAAAGGUUUUAAUAUAUAAAGCAGACAUUUUUUAAACUGACCUAAUUACUACAAAUAUAUUUAUUUUGUUCAACAUGAAAAUUUUCAGAGUAUAAAAUUAGGAUAGUACAUAAUUUCUUAAGGACAUCAUAAAGUUUAAUAUAUGUCUUUUUAUUCAUAAUCCAUGGUAACAACUGGGAUUUCUUUGUCUUUUUUUUUUUCCUUUUCCUUUCCUUUUUCUUUUUGUUGUUGUUGUUGCUGUUUUGAAGAUAAUGUCUAAUUAAGUAGCCUAACUCCAGACCCUUCUUCCUCACACUCCAGAGCUCUGGGAUUUCAGCCCUUUAAAAAAAUACCAGGCUUCUGUUGUCUUCUUAGAGCUAUUCAAAAUAAUUUUGUGAAGUAAAUAUGUUAAAAAAUGAAUUAUUAUAAAUAUGCAGUAAAAUAAUCAAGGCUUCUAGUUUUCAUAUUAUUCUUCAUAUUUUGAUUAAUAUUUAUUGUUUCUGAUUCCUUAAAAUAAUGUUUAUUAUAAAUUAAUUACCCUUAAUAUAUUUUCUAAGACCCUAAAUUUGUCCUUAAGCAAACUCUCAGUCACUUAAGAUUAUGGCAGCAUUGCAAAUGCCUUUGUAGGUGAAAAGUUUUCAGUUGAUAUUAGUGUUUUAAAUGAUCUCUCUUAUUUUCUUUGUCUUUGUUCAUUUUCUUCCAUAUCAUGUGCUUAUACAAACAACAUUAUCCCUCUUUUUUUGAGAUUUGAUAUGAUUAAGUUAUUCAAGAUCUCAUACUUUCAUCUUAAUACCUAAAUACUAUAGGCAUUCAUCUACUAAGUGAAACCAGUUCAGUGAUACAUUGAAGUAAAUUAAUUUGUCAAAAAUCAGACUUGUUCAAUAAUUUCUUUAAAAAAAAAAUCGAAUGGAGUAUUAUAUAGAGACUCAUGUCAGAAGCUGUGCAGGCCUGAGAGUGGUGAUGUAUGCUUACAUCCUACUUUAAGGGUAGGCAGGCAGAUCAUGGAGAUAUUUCCAGGUAACUCUGUGAGACAGUCUCUCAAGAGUUAGAUAAACAUAAAGAGAGUUGUUUCCUUCAGAAACAAACAAGAAACCAAAGAACAAAGUCUGUGUUAUGAGAAAAACAAUCUCCCUUUGGUCAAAUGUGCCCAUAUAGUUCUAACCUGUUCUGUUAGUCUUUAAUUGCCUCAUUGUAUUUUUUAAUAUAUACAUGUAUAAAGUGUACUAAACUUACUUUUGAAGUAUGUAGUCUGCUCUGACAAACCCUGAAAACCAUAAAAAUUCCACCAAAUCAAGUGACACAACACAUUCACCACACAAGAUGCCCAGCUGCUUUUUCUGUAGCCCACCUCUUUGUACCUCUCAGUACUGGGCACCUGUAGACUCUAUUUAAUAUAAGACACCAUCCACCUAUGAGAAAGAGGGAGAAGUGCUCCUGGUUGGGCAACAGUCUUGACACAUGGUCUUUCACGUGUUAUUUACCAUGGCUAUGCUUCUUUUUCGUCUUGUGUAAUAAGAGGUUAAUAAAAAUGUCUACAACACACCAUUAUAUAGAGCUCAUCAUGUCUGAAAUACAGUAUCAAUGCUUGAGACUGAAGAGGAGAGAUACCCUGGAGAGGCCACAAUAAAUGCCUUCUUUGAGAUGCAUUUAACCAUACAACAUCAAAAUGAUAUUUUCAAAAUAAUAAAAGGCGUUUAGUAAUACCAUCAUGACAAAAGUUCAGUUGUUGACUCCAUCCUUCCAGUGCCUAGGUAUAAAUAACGUUGAGUAAUGCUACAAUAAUUUCCCACAUGUGGAAUAUCCAUCAACAGGUUCUACCAGACUCUUUCUAUCACCCCUUUGGCUAAUGCCUUGAGUGCAAUCUCAACCCCUGCUUCAUAGAAAGGAAAGAGUGUGAGAUGUUUUCCUUCAAUCCAUCUUUGCCAACUUUGCCAUACUCACAACUCAGACUCAGCCUCCUGGGCACUGCAGCUGGCUUGGCUUCACCUUGCUCUGAAUCUUCCUCCACCAAGUUCUUCAGCCUUUGUUUCUCUCCUACCUAUUCUUGUCUCCUUACCUAAACUCCUUUUCUCAUGUUGGACUCUUCUACACAGUACUGAUUAAGAUUGAAUAUACCUACCUGGGAGUCCUCUGUGGCCCCGCCUCUGCUCUUUUAAUUCAGAAUAUUUAACAUCCUAUGGGAGCCAGUUGUUUUCCUUGCUUCAUUUUUCUUUAAUGUUUUUAUUAAAUUGUUUAAUUUAUUUACAUUCCAAAUGUUGUCCCCCUUCCAAGUACCCUCUCCCAGAGUUCUUCACCCAGUUCCCCUCCCCUUUGACUCCGAGAGGGUGCUUCUGGACCCAACAACUCACCCACACCACUCACACACACAUACAAUAUCACCUCACUCCACCAGCAUCCUUCUUCACUUGUGUGUCAAGUCUCUACAGGAUUAGGUGCAUUCUCUCCCACUGAGGCCAAACAAUGCAGUCCUCUGCUACAUAUUGGCGGAUAACAUAGACCAGCCCAUACAUGCUCUUUGGUUAGUGGCUUAGUCUCUCUGAGCUCUGAGGGGUCUGGUUUAGGUGAUACUGUUGUUCUUUCUAUACAGUUAACCUUCCUGUAACUCUUCUGUUAGACUUCCCCCGACUUCAGUCCAGUAGCUGGCUCUAAGUAUCUGCAUCUAUGCAGAUCCUUCCUUCUUUAACUUAGCUCCUAUAGGGCCUGAAGAUGUGCCUCAUUUAGUACAGUGCCUACCCUGCCAGGCAAGCAGAAGAACUUGCAUGGCUGCAUACUUGUGACCCAGUGCUGUUGAACUAGAGAUAGAUAGCUCCUGAGGAGUUCCCUUUACAGCAAGCCCAGCCAAUGAGAUGAACUUCAUUAUGCCUGUCACUAAAAUGUGAAUAUGGAGAGAAGUUGAAGAAGAUACCUAAUGUCUAGUAUGUGUCUCUAAUGCUAACACAUACCUGCACAUGCAUGUGUACAUACAUCUACUAAUAAGUAUAUACAUCACACACACACACACACACACACACACACACACACACAAUAAGUUUAUAUGUAAGAAAUGUCCAAUUUAGGACAUGCCUAUUUUUAUAUCUGUAUCUUUUAUAAUCAAACUUCCGUUGGAUCGUGUAUGGUUAAACAGACUUUAAAGAAGGCAUUUAUUAUGGCUUCUACAGUGUAUCUCUCCUUUUGUGUCUGAAGCACUGAUACAUACAUGUAUGUCUGACAUGCCGAGCCCUAUCACUGUCCUCACUCAGGAACUCAUAUAAUAGCUAACUAGAAGUAUUCCAGAUGACAAUGUGAGUAUAAACAAAUAGAUUGUUUGUGUUAUUCUUUCAAGAAUUCAGUUGUUGUCACAUGGAAAUCCAUUUUGAGACUACAGCUAGGAUUGAGAGGUGGUUACACCUUUGAGCAUACUUUCAAAAAGAAGUUAAUGGAUCUUUCUUACUGUAUUUGAAUGAUGAGAGCAGAGCUGAAGUCAGGAAUAGCUAUCAGGUUGGAAACUGACAAUGCUGUUUGUGGUAGAUCAUAGAAUUAACAUUUCUUUAAAUACAAAUACAUAUGUGUGUGGUUAUAAAGAAAUGAUUUAUAUCUAUACUAUAUAUACAAACAUAGUUCAUUUCAUGUAAUUAUAUACUUUUUUAUAUAAUAUAUAUUUUAUAACAAUAUAAUUUAUUCACAUUAGAUCCACUUAUUUUAUAUAUCACAUAUAUAAGUAUAAAGAAGUAAUUUAGUUGUUUAUACUUAUAGAAGUGAUAUAAGUGACUGUUAAUUUUAAUUUUUAGGUGAAAAGGAUUUCUACAUAUAUUUAAGCACUAGACUUAAGGUCAUUUAAUGCCUCUUACGUUCACUUCUU